UAACUUUUUUUCCCAAGCGAUAGAAGCGAUGCAUUGGAUCUAAAUAAAUGCAAGCGGAUUCGAAUCAUUCCUCAUUCCAGUUUCGAUAGUUUGGAGCAGAAGGCAUUGCAAUGCUAAAUCCGUGGUUUAUUGUGCUGUCGUUCUUAGUGGGAUAUUUAUCCGGUCAAGAUGGGCCCGUGGAUAAGUCCUGCUUUGAGUUGAAAACCACCAAACGGGCCGACGAUUGUUGCAAAAUUCCCGAUGUUCUGAUAGACUCCGACGAAGCGAUGGUUCAGCGAUGUUUUGCGCAGCAUAACAAGACCACGAAUGAACAAGAGGCUAUCAAGUGUGUGGCAGAAUGCAUAGCUCGAGAACUGGGGACAUUCAAAAAUGGGGCCCUGGACAAAGAGUUAGCCAAGAAGAUCCUGAUGGGUAGGAUUAGUGGCGAUCAGCAUUUCAAACCCAUUGCUGGAACUGUUUUGGAUAAGUGCCUUGGGCGGAUUGGUGCAGUCAUCGAGAAGGAAUCCAAACAAAACACGACCUGCAGCUUUGCUUCACACUUUUUACUGGACUGUGUAGAACUGACGAUGUUUGAGAGCUGCCCCGCCGCAAUUUGGGAUAAAAGUGAAGGAUGCGUUGAGUUAAAAACCAAAAUUACCAAAGGAUGUCCAUACAGCGCAAUUGAAUAGUAUUGACAUCAAUAUGACAUACCAUAUGGAUACCGUAUUGCAUACCAAAUAAAUAAACUUUUUUUUCUACUGAACAAAUUGAAA